AUGUCCGCCUCACCGACGACGCCAGCCAUCCGCAUCGUUCCGGGCGCUCCCCCGCCACCUCCGCCCUCCAAAAGCAAGAGCAAGAAUAAGAAGGCGGGGGCGAAGAAGUCGUCUGACCACGGCGAAGAUCAUGUCAUCGUGCCCGACGCACACGCGGCGGCCCUCAUCGACCAUGCGCCCUCCGAGUCCGAUGUCAAGGAGGACUCUGUCGCUCCGUCGCUCAUUGCACGCCAAGAGAGUGUCGGGCCUGUGUCCCCCGGAGGUGCGGACGAGCCGAAAACGAGUCCCAUCGUGGAGAUGUUGAGCAAGAGGCUGAAAACAUCUAACAAAAAAAUUACCCGCAUACAAAGCUAUUCUACCACCCCAGCGGAGAAGCUCAACGAGGAUCAGAAGCGUACCUUGAAGACUCUCCCUAUCCUUGAGGGCGUUUCCAAAGAGCUUGAGGAAGUAAAGAAGGCUGUCGAGGUGCAUGAAGCCGAGCUGUCUCAAGAUUUAGCUCGAAAAGGCGAGGAAACUGCAAGAGUCGAGCAACAGCGGAUAGAAGAUGCCUUAGCCUAUGCUACGAAUGCGCACCUUCGGCGUACCGCAGACCUGCUUUCGUUCAUCACACUCCAUACGGCCCUGUCCGCCAGGUCUCCCGCUGCGCUGGCCCUUAACCUUGUCGAGAGCGAAACUUCCGCUGUUCUCUCCGCCGUAGAAACUCUCCUUGGAAGUGACGUCGAGAGAAAAACAGAAAUCAUUAGCGGUUUUUUGGCUGGCGAAGGCUCCUAUCAAGACAUUCCUUACUCUCGCUUCUCCGAUAUAACCGACGCGUUUUUGAAUCCCGGCACACCCACGUCGCCUGCAGAACCUGCUGUCGAGUUUUUAACGAUUGAGACGCCCCCAGAGCCUGUCGACAUUCCCGUCGGUGGGUUGCCUCCAUCGAUCGCUCCCACAGCCAGUUUCCAGUUUGUCCAAGAGGAUGAGCUUGCCGAAGACGAGCAGGCUUUGGACGAGGCAAUUGCAGCAAUUGCAGAGCCUGCUACUGAAGAAGCAUCACCUGAGGUUGAGGUGACGGAGACCAUCACCGAAAUGACAGUGAACGGACACACUGUGAUUGAGGAUACCGUAACGGUGACUACGACAACUGAGGUGCCAGCCGAGGCUUCUGCAGGCUUGAACUGGGCCGAGUCUGAGGACGAUGGCGGUCUUCCGUCACUUGCAUCACUUCACGAUAGAUUCGGCUCUUCAGCUACUGGUACCCCCGCUACUGCAGCAGAGCCCCUCCCUUCUGAGACGCCCGCAGCUAAUGGAGAGGCUGCUGCGGCAGCUACCCCACAGGACGACGGCUUCCAGGCGGCAAUUCGCGGACGUGGACGUGGGCGAGGAGGCUCUCGUGGUGGUGAUCGCCGAGAAUACCGGGGAGGGUUCCGCGGUGGCGAGCGCGGUGGCCGUGGCGAACACCGCGGCGAGCACCGCGGCGAGCACCGUGGCGGUCGAGGUUUCCGUGGCGGUGACCGUGGUAGCUACCGCAGGGGAUCCGGUGACUGGCGUGGCGGUGAACGCGGUGAGUUCCGUGGACGCGGCAGGGGUCGUGGACGUGGCGGCUAUGAACCACGAGGUGGAGUCGAUCCUGCGUGACGAGCCAUAUCCGGGCGGAGUCCGCUUGAACGAAGUAUGGACUUACAUGUGUGUGCGAUGCUUGGUAGUUGCGACAUGAUCGCAUCACAAAAAUCCUGCGCGACAACGUUGUGCUGCUCCGAACUAUUGACGGUUCUGUAGUCUCUUGACGGACAGAAUAUAUUUUGUAAUCUUUACGUUUGCAUGCAAAGUGCG